AUGAACUCCGAUAUUCGGAAAUGGGCCCGCCAAUGCUUGCAAUGUCAAAGAUCCAAGGUACAUCAUCAUACCGUCACACCUCCAAAACAGUUCAAUUUACCGGAUAAACGAUUUCAACACGUUCAUAUAGAUAUUAUUGGACCAUUACCGCCAUCCAGAGGAUUUACUCAUAUACUUACUGCGAUUAAUCGAUUUACCCGAUGGGCUAUUGCUUGUCCACUCAACGAUAUAUCUGCAGAAAAUAUCGCUUUGGUUUUCUUAGAUCGCUGGGUGUCAAACUACGGAGUACCCACAACUAUUACAACAGACCGAGGAGCUCAAUUUCAAUCAACUCUGUUUCGAGAGUUUACGAGACUCUUUGGAGUGAACCAUAUCUCCACUACAGCUUAUCAUCCUGCAGCGAAUGGUCUGGUGGAACGUUUCCAUCGACAACUGAAAAGCUCGCUUAUGGCACAAGCUGACUCAUCUAAGUGGAGUGAACACCUAUCAUUAGUUCUUCUCAGUAUCCAGACAACUGUAAAAGAAGAUUUGGGAUGUACACCAGCUCAACUUGUGUAUGGUACUACCCUCACAUUGCCUGGUCAGUUAGUUCCGUCUAAUGAUUCAGCUGAAGUAAAUAUCUCCGACUUCACCAACCGCCUUACCCAGCAAAUGCUCCAGCUUCGACCAGUAGCCUCUCGCCAAUCACUUCAGAAAGUUCAAGUUAAUAAGAAUCUACUCACUAGCAAAUUUGUAUUUGUUCGCGUCGAUGCCAUUAGAAAAGGUUUACAGCAUCCAUAUGAAGGUCCUUUUCUAGUACUUAAACGCACCGAUAAAUACUUCACGCUGAACAAACAUGGUAAACCGGAGACUGUUUCUAUCGACCGUCUUAAACCAGCGUACACCGACAGCAAACAUGAAACACUAGCAACGCCGACACCAAUGAACAAUCAGAAAGUCAAUUCAACUCCAACUCUCCCUCUCUUCACUCUUCCCCCUGUACAGACACGCAGUGGACGGCAGAUCUGUAAACCUGCCCGCUAUGUUCAUUUUAUUGACUGA